AUGGCCUCCAGUGUGGAGUUUAAUAAGCCUGAUGAUGACUGGAUGGAUGAAAAUCCCCUCAUAGCAAAGACGGUCAACAACGUUUUGUCCCUGAGUCAUGCGGACAGGAGAGCGGAGAAGUCAUGUGAAGAAGCCAGCAGAUCGUUAGUCAGGCGGGAGUACGAGGCGGCAGUCAGCCACAGCACGGAUGCCCUGGUGGUGCUUGCACCGCAAGUCGCACCUUCCGGUGCUCCUGUCCCAUCGAGCCCUCCAUCCCUUGUUGCUGCCGCCGGACCCCUCCGCAGCCGUGCCCUGCUCUAUCGAAUUGCUGCCUUCUUACAGCUGAAAAACUAUGAUGAAGCAGAUGAAGACUGCAAACAUGUCCUUGCAGAAGAGAUUGCCAGAGGGGACGGUUCGCUACAGGCCAGCUUGCGCUUCAUGCUGUUGGAUGGCAGCCUGCAGGAGGUGGCAAGCAUCCUCUCUAAGGCCUUGUAUGGGGAGCCAAUGAAUGGCAUUGUCGCAAAAGAUCUCACCAGAUUAAAAAAAUGCUCUUCUCAGAAAUAGAGUCGAUAAAAUAGGGAGAUGGCACCUGAAUACACAGAUGAUCAGGAAGAAGAGUUCCAAGAUGGCUGGCAAUUCCGGCCUCCUCCUCGAGGAGUUACCAGCAGUGAGGGAGUACACCCUCUUUGAGCACACAUUUGUCUCUGCUGUAGGUACUUGGAGCAGGGUCUGUGUCGGUACGGGGCCCGUGUACAUCAGCCCAUUUCUCAGGAGGAGCUGAUGGAGUGGCAGAAGCGCUAUGCGUCACGCCUCAUCCGCCUCAAACAGCACCAGGAGAGCAAGCACUUCACCGAAAACUACAUGGAGAACUUGAUAGAGAAGUGGAUGAAUUCUCUCUCCCCAGAGAAAGUGGUGAGUUGACUAUUAGAAGGAGUGAAUGUAGAAACCAGCUCCAGCCUCUCUGUUACCGUCGCCACCAAAAAAUCUGCACAUUCCUGGACCUUCUCCUUCUUGUGCAAGCCGGCUAGAAAGGCUGUUCCGCAUCGCCCUGCUCAUGAUGCCCACCGUCCACACUUUUUCAUCACAGGUGUGUCAUCUGGGGAGCGGCUGCAAACCCUCCCUAACGGGUGCCAAGAGUGGACUCCAGGGAGAGGAACGGGAGGUAUGUCCUGUCCUGUUCUUACAGACAACGGCCUGGACCACUGUCUCUACAAGGUAGCGGUGGGCUUCAGCACAGAAAUCUUUGGUACCUUCCGACAGACCGUUGUUUUUGACUUCGGCUCAGAGCCAGUGCUGAUGAAGCGGAUCAUGGUGGAUGCUGCCUCAAUUGAAGACUUGGAACACCUGAUGGCAGCAAGACAGCAGCUCUUGAUCACUGCAAAGCGCUGGGACUCUUCUUGUAAGACCAUCGUAGAAUUCUGUCCUAAUGAAACGAUGGCCGACCUGGAGCGCAGCCUCCUUUCUCGCUAUCAGAUCCCUCUGUCGGCAGAUCAGCUCUUUACUCAGUCAGUCCUGGACAAGACUCUGACCAAAGACAACUACAUGGCCCGGCUGCAUGACCUGCUCUACAUUGAAGAGAUUGCACAAUAUAAAGAAGUUAGCAAGUUUAACAUCAAAGUGAAUCUCCAGCUCGUCACUAGUUUCAUGCUGACGGGCAUCUCUGUUGGAGCCAAGUAUGCCCAGAAUGGACAGCUCUUUGCACGCUUCAAACUCACUGAAACACUUUCUGAGGACACAUUGGCUGGACGGCUCGUGAUGACCAAGGUGAAUUCAGUCCUGCUGCUGCCAUUCGGCCGCGAGGGGGUCAGCAGCCAUCCGCCUCCCGGUGUCAAAGAGCGUGUCUACGAGGCUGUGAUUGAGGAGAAGAAGGACUACAUCUUCCUAAGGAUCUGCAAGAACUGCUGUGAUGAGCUUGGGCUACUGCCUGACAGAGAAUUACAGGUUGAGCUCCAGUUCCAGCUGAACAGACUGCCACUCUGUGAGAUGCAUUAUGCUCUGGAUCACCAAGAGAAUGGCAUCCUUUUCCCUGACAUUGGACUGAUCCCCACCAUCCCCUGGAGCCCCAACAGGCAGUGGGAUGAGCAGCUGGAUCCCCGUCUGAAUGCCAAGCAGAAAGAGGCCAUCCUGGCCAUCACCACACCCGUCUCUAUUCCCCUGCCCCCAAUCCUCAUCAUUGGACCCUACGGGACCGGCAAGACCUUCACGCUGGCACAGGCUGUCAAGCAUAUCCUGCGCCAGGACCACAGCAGGGUCCUGAUCUGCACGCACUCAAGUGCAGCCGACCUUUACAUUAAGGACUACCUUCAUCCUUAUGUUGAAGCAGGCAAUGCGCAUGCCAGACCUCUCAGGUUCAGGAACCUCUGGUGAAAGACGGUUCACCCAGUGGUCCAGCAGUAUUGUCUCAUCUUCCAACACACACAUAAUUUCCGGAUGCCCUCAAGAGAUGACAUCCUUAGGCACCGUGUGGUGGUGGUCACCCUCAGCACAUCCCAAUACCUCUGCCAGCUUGACCUGGAGCCCG